CCACGCCCAAGUCUUCCGUGUUAGCGAGGAGAGGAAGAAGAAGGACGAGGAAGAAGGACGAGGCGGAGCAGCAGCAGCAGUGGUGUUGUGUGCUUUCUAUUUGGGCAAUUAGCGAUUUUGGGGAAGUGUUCAGCUGAGUUCGGGAUGGGAAAUUGCUUGGGUUCUCCAUCUAAUGAGUAUAUUCAUUCUGGCAACGCCAGGACUUCCACAUCAGGGACAUCAAAUUACCACGGCAACAGCGCGGGAUUCUCUGCAACAAGCAGCAGCGGUGGAAAUGGCAAGUUCUCGGAGGCGGCGAGCGCGAGCGCGAGCCUGGACGGGGCAGAUCUGAAUGGGGAGAUUCUGGAGACGCCCGACUUGAAGGUCUUCAGCUUUUCUGACCUGAAAAGUGCUACUAGGAACUUCAAGUCUGAUAAUUUAUUGGGUGAGGGAGGUUUUGGUAAGGUCUUCAAGGGCUGGGUUGAUGAGAAGACACUUGCACCUUCCAAAAUGGGGAGUGGAAUGAUUGUUGCCAUCAAGAAACUGAACCCAGAGAGUGUCCAAGGUUUCGAUGAGUGGCAGUCGGAGGUGAACUUUCUUGGAAGGCUUUCGCAUCCCAAUCUAGUCAAAUUAUUGGGAUACUGUUGGGAGGAGAAGGAGCUGCUCCUUGUCUACGAAUUUAUUCAGAAGGGCAGUUUGGAAAAUCAUCUCUUUAGAAGGAGUCCUGGUAUUGAACCCCUAUCUUGGGAUAGACGAAUCAAAAUAGCUAUCGGAGCAGCUCGUGGCCUGUGUUUCCUGCAUACUUCAGAGAAAAAAAUCAUUUACAGGGAUUUUAAGGCCUCAAACAUACUGCUCGAUUCGCACUAUAAUGCGAAAAUAGCUGAUUUUGGCUUGGCAAAGUUAGGACCUUCUGGAGGCGACUCGCAUGUGACGACCAGAAUUAUGGGCACAUACGGUUAUGCUGCACCGGAGUAUGUAGCAACAGGCCAUUUGUAUGUGAAGAGCGAUGUGUACGGCUUCGGUGUGGUCCUACUAGAAUUGCUGACCGGUUUGCGGGCACUCGACACGAAGCGUCCUAGUGGGCAGCAAAGUUUGGCGGAUUGGACCAAGCCAAUUCUAUCUCAAAGAGGAAAGCUGAAGAAUAUUAUAGAUUCCCGGAUGGAGGGCCAGUAUUCCUUUAAGGCAGUGUUACAAACCGCACAUCUCACUCUGAAAUGCCUAGCUACGGAACCCAGACAUCGGCCCUCCAUGACAGAGGUGGUGGAGACUUUGGAACGGAUUGAAUUGAUCAAGGAUAAAUCAAAGCAAUCCACAAUUGGUUCUCAUUCCUUGGCUAAUCGUGUGUAAGUCAUCAAUCGAUGGAUCGUCGCUCACCUCUUCAUCCAAGACAUCAUGGAACUGUAUUGUGAGCUUGGAACUUGUCACUACGUAGAAAGAACAUAGCAAUGGAUGAUUCAACAACGUUAGCAUCCAUCCAAAUACCACAUUCUUUGGUUGUUGUACGAUAGUCAGAUUCUUUCUAAUGAUCUCCUUAGGUUUACAACCUUUUCUUUUAGUCACAACAUUUGCCUUAAAAUAAGGGUGGAAUGAUUAGAAUGUACAAGCAUUUUCUUCUUUU